CCCCCUACCCUACCCCAUCCCUCCUCCACCUCCCCCCCUAUCUCUUUACAGGACUGCCAGCCCGUCUAGAGUUAUUCCAGGAAUGCGUUGAACAUGGCUGCCGCGAUGAAGGCGCAGAAAACGGGACUGCUGGAACUUCGAGUGACCGUGGACCGCUGGAUCCGGGUGUUGGGUACUCUAACCGAGGACACGCUGACAGUAAACCCCGGGGAGGGUGCAGAUGAGCCCGCAAAGCCCAGCCCGAGUCCCGCCGGUGCUAUCAACGGAGACCCCCCGAACCUAAGCUCGUCCCCGGUCCCGGAAACCAUCACCAACGUGAAGCGCACCGUGCGAGUUACCAAGCAAGAUGUUGGAGGACUCGGAAUCAGUAUCAAAGGUGGGAAGGAGAACAAGAUGCCGAUCCUCAUCUCCAAGAUUUUUAAGGGCCUGGCUGCUGACCAGACUGAGGCGCUUUAUGUUGGCGACGCCAUAUUGUCUGUCAAUGGUUUUGACUUACGGGAGGCCACACACGACGAGGCUGUGCAAGCUCUGAAGAAAACUGGCAAAGAAGUCAUCCUUGAAGUGAAGUACAUCAAGGAGAUGUCGGCCUUCUUUAAAAACUCGGGGUCCCCCGGGGCGGCCCUCCCGUGGGAAUCUCCCCCCUCCACACCUCAGAGGGGCACCGAACUCUCACCUGAGGCGAAGGAGCCCCGCAGCAUCCCGCUGAAGAUGUGCCAGGUGACACGAAAACAGUGCCCCCCGGACACAGAAAACAGGUAUUUCGAGGUGAUUUCAUCCAACAGAAAGAACUCUGUGUUCCUGCGGGCAAAAGACCCAGCCAUGGCUCAGUCCUGGUACAAUGCCAUCCAGGCUGGUGCUGCCAACCUUUUACCCCGAGUGAAGGAGGAGAUGAAGAGCAUGCAGCUUGGCAUGGAGGUCAAACAUCUGGGCUGGAUUACAGAGCAGGUGACCCAGGGUCCAGAGAAACCAGUACUGGCUAUGUUGACUGACAAAGACCUGCUCCUGUAUCCCUCCCUGCCUGAGAGCAAAGAGAGCCUCAGCAACCCCACCAAGAGUCACCCGCUCAUUGCUACCAGACUGGUCCACUCUGGCCCAGGAAAAAGUUCUCCUCUCCUGGAUUCUGAUCUCUCAUUUGGCCUGCGCUCGGGCACUAAGCAAGGCGUGGAGACCCAUGUGUUCAGGGUGGAUUCUGCCAAGGAGCUGUCCACCUGGACUCAUCUGCUGGUGGAGGGUUGCCAUAAUGCUGCUGAGCUCAUCAAGGAGGUCACCACGGCCUGUAGUUGGAAUGGGAAGGAGUGUACCCUGGGAGUCCACAUUGAUGAGGGCUUCACACUAUUCACAGAAGAGAUGGGUGUCAGGAAAAGUAUUCUGCUUCAGCAGCCCUUUGAGCGCCUAAGAAUGUCCUCAGAUGAUGGAGUUCGCAUGAUGUUCCUCGACUUUGGAGGCCCCGAGGCCGAGAUUCAACUGGACCUUCAUGCCUGCCCCAAGACCAUAGUCUUCAUCAUCCACUCCUUCCUGUCUGCAAAGGUCAAGCGACUCGGCCUCCUGGCAUGAUAACGGCCAACCAUCCAGAACAUCGACAAUAGGAGUAUUCAAUAAAACACACAGCCAGAAGACUCUGAGACACCAGAGGAUGUGGCCCCAGGAAAAGAUGCUGACUAACCCCUCCUUCUCAGCCCUCCUAGGCCUCUGAUCGUCUCUGGUCAGACACCUGCUGGUCUCUGUAGGGGAACGAAGAGAAAACUGCAACACUGAUGGACCUUUGUUGAACCUGUAGUUGUAAAGUAAAGAGGUUUUACAGAUGGCGUAAGUCAGCAGCCACUUAAGGGAUCUGACAUCUGUCAAGUCUGUUACGGUGGGUCAUCACACUUUCUGAUGGCAAACUGUGUGAAUGAAAAUGACAGCCUGCAUCUUACUGUUUCGAAGCUUGAAGUCCCAAACAUUUUAUGUUGUUUUUGCCCCAUUGUUCAGUUCUGUUUUGUUUCAUGAGUCACGGCAGGCCUUUGUCAUGAGCAUCCUUUCAUCUUUCAAUCUUUGCUUUAUGCGCUGUGAGCAGUCAUAACAAGUUAUUUCAUAAAAGUCCUGAUUGAUGUUGGACAAACUUUGUUUUUCCUUUAUAAAGGCAGCUUCAGUGGAGUGACAGAAUGACAUGACUGAUAACUACACGAUCAAUAGUCUGGAAUGAACAAUGUACAGAAUACAACUAUAUGCUCUUUAUGUGGAUUCUUAAGUUGCCUUUACCCUGAAUUUUCAUAAAAGAAGCGACAUAAUUUCUGUUGAAGAUGACUUCUAAAUGCCAAAUCAAAUAUAGCAGCUGAAUUUCUUUUCUCCCCUCUGUCUGUCUUCUUCCCUGUUUUAAGUGUGCUCACCCACAGUCUAACAAAGAGAAACGACUAACAGAGUAUAUUAUAAAAGGCUUUUUUUGUAAUUGUGUUUUAGUUUAACCAAUAAAUUAGAUAAAAA